AAGGAAAGAACUUAUGCAGUGGAUUGUUCAGGUAGAGCUUCAGGAGGGGAAAGGAAGCCAGCACGCAAAAGAAGAAGCCACCAUUCCACUGUUGGCUGCCUACUUCAGAGAUGAUCCAGAUGAUCUCUUUCGUGUUCUUGAAGAAGGUACAAGCAUCACGGAAGUGAUAGAUGACUUGCCAUCUACACCAAUUGUGGUGGCAUUAGGAGGCAUAUUUGAGAAGAAAUGUUUUGUUGUUUGCGAGCAGCAGCUAAUGUUUACGGAGAGCACUGGCUUCAGAGAGGCAGCAUGUCUUGCCUUCUCAUGCUACUAUGUCUUUAACCUGAGCUAUGCAAAGGGAGCAGCUGCAACACUUGAGUUCAUUCAGAGGUGA